AUUUUUGUUUUUGCAGGCUGAGCUGUCGGGCCAGGGGUGCUGGGAGGACAGUGUGUGUGUGUGUGCAGGAGCUCGCAUUGAGUGCUCCUGUCCCUGAGGGGAGCCAGCCCUGUCCGCCUGUGUGUUUGGAACCCAGCCUCUGUGACGGUCAAACAGAACCAAGGCGAUGUUUUCAUUUGCAACCGUCCGCACAGGGCAAGGGGGGCAGCGACCCGGCUCUGUGUGUGUGUUGGCGAAUGGAGCUGUUCAAGUCACAGGCCGAGUACACACUGAAGGGAACUGACAGCUACCUGUCCUGCAGCCGUUCCAGUGGGAGCAUGCAAAUCAAGGCAGCUUCUGAUGUGGACCUGUCCAGUGCGGUCUGUCUCGGCCUAGUGGAGGGUGUCGUGGGCAAGUUCCAGUUUCAGACAAAUUUGGAGUGCUUUCUGAUCCUGAUCCAGCAGAAAGGCUUGGUUGGCACGGUGCCAGGCAGCCACAAGAUGUACAAGAUUACCAAAGUGGCAGUUCUCCCUCUGGCCCACACUGAGCCUUUUGGCCUGAAACUUGAGGUAAAUUCUCAAAGUUGGUGGGGGGGGGGGGGGGGCUGACCAGCUGGCGUUGUGUGGUUGGACUCUCGGUGCCCGCCUCCCUU